AUGCGUCAUUCGCCCUCGUCAUGGCAUCUGCCGCCGCUGUUGCUCCUACUGCUGGUGCUGUCGAUAGAUGUCGUCUCGGCCUUCUUCCCUUACAACCCAGUUGCCAAUACCGAUGCUGAUGGUGGUGGUGACAACUUGCUGCGGCUGCCUUCGUCCAGAGGGUUAGUGAAAGAACGGUUCUACCCGUACAGUCCAAGCAAGAGCCGGGGCGGCCAGGUAUCUCCUCAGAGGGAUGCCAAGGAACCCGUCAAGUUAGAUAUUAUCAAGGUUCGCGGAAAUGCUCGUCGACGGAAUGUCUUCCAGGUCUUCUCUGCGGAUCCCACGACUCUGCCACAGAGUCUACCCAUCGAUACCGACGGAUUCGAUUACUCUUACUUCUCAGUGAUGUAUUUUGGUUCCGAGCGACAGGCCAUGUUCAUGCUGAUGGACACUGGCGCAUCCAACACCUGGCUGAUCAGCUCCAAUUGCACCCUCCAACCCUGCAAGAUGCAUAACACGUUUGGCAUCGAGGAUUCCAAUUCCCUUUCGGUCUCGGAUAUCCCCUUCACGGUUUCAUAUGGCUCCGGGACGGUAUCCGGGGUCCUGGUCAAUGAUUCCGUUUCUUUUGGUGGUUUCGAUCUGGCACAUCUUGGUUUUGGCUCCGUGUUGAGUAUGUCUGACGAGUUCAAGAAUUAUCCCAUGGACGGGAUUCUGGGUCUGGGCCGAGCACCAGCGUAUAAAGUCAAAGUGCCGACGGUUAUGCAAGAGCUAAAGAAGGCCGGAUUGCUGGAGAAAAAUAUCGUCGGUGUCAAUCUACAACGGCACCGGGAUGGGGCCAAGGAUGGCCAGAUUGUCUUCGGAAACGUCGACCCGACUAAAUUUACUGGCGAUAUUUCGUACACCAAAACUGUCCCCGCUGUCGACCAUUGGGAGAUUCCCGUGGAUGAUAUGUUCGUCGGCGGCAAGCCGUUGAAUUUUCAAGGCAAAAAUGGCAUCUUUGACACAGGCACCUCCUUCGUCCUCAUGCCCCUCGCCGACGCGCAACGCAUCCACGAUGCAAUCCCCAAAGCCGUGAAGAGCACCACAUGGGAAGCAAAUUGGGAUCUCCCCUGUUCGACAACGACGAAAAUCGAACUUGUUGUCUCCGGGGUGAAGUAUAAUAUAUCUCCAAAGGAUUACGUCGGCGAUACCACCACCACAGACGGCAUGUGCCGCUCGAAGAUCGUCGGCCACCAGCCAUUCGAAGACAAUGAGUGGCUGCUGGGCGCCACGUUUCUUAAGAACGUGUACGCUGUCUUUGAUUUCGAUGAAGAUCGGAUUGGAUUGGCGAUGCGGGCGGCUGAAGAUGGUUCCGAUUCUUCCUCACCUACUCAACAACCCCCCACACCCUCAGACUCUCCACCAGUUUCCCCUGUCGGGCCCCCAAGCGAUUCAAAAACAAAAGCCGCCGGAUCCUCUCCAAACUCCCCCGGCUCAUCAGAUGGAGCACAAGCCAUGAGCCUUUCAUCCGUCGUCCCAUUGUUGUGGUUUUUGCUUGGUUUUCUCUUUUUGCUAUCAUCGACUUUAUCUCCUUGGUAA